GCUCAACUCUGCAGGUUCCCGCCCCGGGAGACUCGAAAGGCGUAAGUUGAGGAGACCGAAGGCCGGUACGGACCUGGAACUUCGCGCCUGUGCGGGCGGAGCGGCAUGAAGAGGGGAAGUUGUGGGAUUGUCUAGGAGAGAGAUCGUGACACUGAGACCUGUGUGCGGAUGUAGGAUGCCUGUCAUUGUGGGGUUGUGACUGUGUGUUCCUGUGGUUGUAUGUGAUUGUGACCCUGCAGCACUGUGGGUGUAACUGUGUGUGUUCCGUGGUGAGUGUGUGAUUGUGACUGUGUUACCGUAUGUGGCUCUGUGUGGGGGUGUGUGGCGUGCGUGUCCAUUUAAGUAUGACUCUGCUUAAUGUAUGUCGCAUUGUGUGUGGGUAUGGGCUCCUGUCAACUGUGCGAUUGUGACUCCAGAACUCUGUCCCUAGGAAACCCCUGUGACGUUUGGUCAGAUUAUAGCCGUGGACAGCAAUGACCUCAUCUUUUCCCUGAGACACAGGGAUUGGGCAGAAUACCCCAUUCUCCUCUGAUCUCCAUUCCCUGUGUGUGAUGGGGGCUGGGGGCUGACGGCUGACCUCUGACCUGACCAGUUUGAGCGACUAGAAAAACCUGGUGUCUCACAGUUACUUUCUCCUCUCCUGCUUCCACCCUUCUCCGGGCCAGACGCAGAAGAGAAGGAAAGAAUGCAUGAUGAACUUCUACAAGCAAUGUCCAAGGGGUCAAUGAUGUUCAGGGAUGUGUCUAUAAACUUCUCUCAGGAGGAAUGGGAAUGCCUGGACUCUGGUCAGAUGAAUUUAUACAAAGAAGUGAUGUUGGAGAAUUUCAGCAACCUGGUUUCAGUUGGAAUGGUUUGAGUUGGAAUGGAAUGGAAGAGUUGGAAAUGGGCAGCUCCAAUGGGCUUCAGCUGAAGCUUCAUCUUCCUCUGGUCCUUCCUGUAGUGGCAUCUCUUGAUCACCAAGGGACUGGAUCUGAUUUCUGGGACACCAACAGCAUAACCAUGUCCCAUGUCUUUUCUUGUGAUCAGGACUUUCCAAUUCUAAGCCAGCUGUGAUCUCCUUAUUGGAACAAGGAAAAGAGCCCUGGAUGGUUGACAGAGAGCUGACUAGAGGCCUUUGUUCAGAUCUGGAAUCAGUGUGUGAGACCAAGAUAUUAUCUCUAAAGAAGAGACGUUUUAGUCAAGUAAUAUUUACCUAUGAAGACAUGCCCACUUUUAUUCAUCCCACAUUUCUUAUUCCACGUCAAAAAACUAUUAAUGAAGAGAAACCCUAUGAAUGUAAGAUAUGCGGAAAGGCCUUUAAUCAAAACUCACACUUUAUUCAACAUCAGAGAAUUCAUUCUGCUGAAAAACUCUAUGAAUGUAAGGAGUGUGGGAAAUCCUUUAGUCGUGGCUCACUUGUUACUCGACAUCAGAGGAUUCACACUGGUGAAAAACCUUAUGAAUGUAAGGAAUGCGGCAAGGCUUUUAGUUGUAGUUCUUAUUUUUCUCAACAUCAGAGGAUUCACACUGGUGAGAAGCCCUAUGAAUGUAAGGAAUGUGGAAAAGCUUUUAAUUACUGCUCAAACCUUAAUGAUCAUCAGAGAAUUCACACUGGUGAGAAACCCUAUGAAUGUAAAGUAUGUGGAAAAGCCUUUACUAAGAGUUCACAACUUUUUCCACAUCUGAGAAUUCAUACUGGCGAGAAACCUUAUGAAUGUAAAGAAUGCGGAAAAGCCUUUACUCAACACUCAAGGCUUAUACAACAUCAGAGAAUGCAUACUGGUGAGAAACCUUAUGAAUGUAAGGAGUGUGGGAAGGCCUUUAGUAGUGCCUCAACACUUACUAACCAUCACAGAAUUCAUGCUGGCAAGAAACUCUAUGAAUGUAAAGAGUGUGGAAAGGCCUUUGUUCAGAGCUCAGAACUUAUUCAACAUCAGAGAAUCCAUACGGAUGAAAAACCAUAUGAAUGUAAUGAAUGUGGGAAGGCCUUUAAUAAAGGCUCAAAUCUUACUAGACAUCAAAGAAUUCACACUGGUGAGAAACCCUAUGACUGUAAGGAAUGUGGAAAGGCCUUUGGUAGCCGCUCUGACCUCCUUCGCCAUGCAGGAAUUCAUACUGGAUGAAUGAUAGGCCCGUUUUUAUAACCUUUGUAAUAAUGUUUUAAAAAUCAAGUAAUGUAAAAAACAAACCCACAAAACCCCAGAUAAUGCAUGAUUGAAGGUUUCCUGUGUACUAGAUUUCUAAGGCUACCAUAACAAAGUACCAAGUACCACAAAACUGGGUACAGAAAUUUAUUCUCUCACAGUUUGGGAGCCUUGAGAUCCGAAAUCAAAGUUGUUGGUAAGUUCCUUCUGAGGACUCUGAGGGAGAAUCUGUUCCAUGCUCUUCCGCUAGCAUCUGGUAACAGCCAGCAAUCUUUGACAUUCCUUGGCUUGUAGCUGUAUCACUCCAGUCUCUGCCUCCGUCUUCACAGUGCAUCUCCCUGGGUGUCUCUGUGUCUCCUCUCCUCUUCUUAUAUGGACACCAGUCAUGCUAGAUUAGCACUCACCCAAGUGAACUUACCUUAACUUGAUUACAUCUGCAAAGACCUUAUUUCUGUGUAAGAUCACAUUGACAGGUACCAGUGGUUAGGACUUCAACAUAGUUCAACCCAUAACACUCUAGCAUUGUUUUUCCUAAUGCAUUUACAAUUUUUACGUAACUUGUUAAUCACAUGUAUUUUAAAUUGUGAAUUCGGGGUCUAAAUUAAACCUCCCUCCCAAAAAGAAAGAUUCUGUCUCACAACUACUUAUUCAAUAAUACCUUUGUUGCCAAUUGUUUUCUUCUCCUUCUUGGUUACAUAUUUGUGUUUAUAUUAGCUUAUGUUUUAUGGCCAUCUUUUCUAGUGCUGUGGCCUACAGAUCUGUGUUUCCACCAAUACUACACUGGAAGUCGUGUUACACAGGCUGUCUUUUAAUUCCUGGCAGAAUUGUAACUUUGUUUUUGAAGGCAGCUCUUUUUUCCUUUUGUAAACUCAUAUUUUCUUUUUGUAAAAAAAAACCAUAGAGAACAGAAAGAAAAAAAUAAAGAUUAUUUGUAAGCCUACCAGAGAUGACUGCUUUCAAAUUACUACAGCAUAUCCUUGCAGAUUUUAUUUAGUGUAACCAUAAUCAUGACAUGCAUGCUGUACCAUAACCUGCUUUUAUCAUUGCUACUGUUUCAGUAAGUACACGUUUAUUUGUCAUUCUUUUUAAUGGGGUCGUAAUAAUCUUUUCUGUGGUUAUCAUUUCACUAAAUACUGACACUUAUUAUGGUGCCCAUUGAAACUUUGCAGUUAUAAAAGUUGCCUUCCAGGUUCAACUUUAGUGCUUUUUUUCUUUGUUUUUCUCUGCAAACUUUACAUUUCAGUGCUGAAAUAACUGAUGAACAUUUCCUCCCUGUAAAAUACUGCCAAUAGCUCUAAUCCCCUCAUUUGAAUCACUAUCAGUUUAUUUGUCUUUCCAGACCUUUUUUAAAAACUAUUUUUACUUAUGUUCAUGUGCACACACAACCAAAUAUGUAAAUACUUGUAGAAAAAAUUACUGCUGCUUUUUAAAUGUUUUAAAUACAUAUACUACUGUGUGUACUGGAUUGCUACAAGGAUUAAAUGAGUUAAGAAAUAUACAAUGGUUGGGACUGUUACUAACAUAUAUUAACUAGCUAAUGUUAUCCAAUAUUAG